GGAAUUUGUGAGGUACAGAGUGAAAAUUUCGAUGCGUUUUAAAUGCUAAAACCCAUCAAAAUUUCCCUGGACAACCCAAGCACUUAUACAUAUAAUUCGUGGCCUCACUAAGGACAAAUGAUAAAACGCGUCUAUGGAAAAGAAAAUAAUAAAUAGGCCUCUCAAUGCCAGUAAAACCACAUAUUAUGAGUUGCCAUGGUGAUGAUGAAAAAAGAGUGGUUGCCUUUACCUGCUAAGAGGGGCAGAGUAGUUUUUGAGUGUUUGGAUGGGCAUAUAAAAGACACUUUUUGCACUUGUACACCCAAGAAAGAAAUUAAAAGUGAAAGUGUGUGCCUACUGAUGUGUUUAUCAAUAAUUUGGUACAAUCGUGUUAACUCUUUGGUAAACAAUUUCACUCAAGGCUCAGCUAAGAUGCAAUUGUGUGUCUCACUUUAUAACAUGUGACAACAUGCCUCACAGGGACAACUUCAGUUUGAGGAAUUGUCCAUUUAGUUUGUCUCGCACAAUAACCGUGGUAGUGCUUAGACAAACUUUAAUGCUUUUGCUAUACACACAUUAUUUUCACAAACUGCUGGGGUAAAAAGUGUUUUCUCAAAAUGAAUUUAUUCUUGCACCAGUCUUUGCAUAUUCGUCACCUCGUGCACAGACUAUUUCACCCACGGUCCGACUGCCUCAGGUUCGAGCAAACGUCACAUGUAAUAAACCGAGUACACGCGAGUCGGCGCGCUCAGAGACCAGUAAUUGUAUUGCGCAUGACCACGCGCUUCAUCUGAGCGCUCUCCAUCCACUUCAUAUAGUCGAACACGUCAAAGCACUACAGUGCCUAAUUUACAACUGUACAAAGAUAUUUAUGUGUAAGUGACACAGAAUCCAGUUUUGGUAAACUCGAAGAUGUGAAAUGAAUCAAUACCACUUCAGCACACUGGACAGCGCUCCACGGCAAAAUGGAAACCAGUAAUGAUGACCCACCCAGGACCAGUUUGAAGCUCAGUCGACAAAUCAGCCAACAUUGACUUUGGACAGAGACAUGAACUUUUUGGAAACAUUGCUGGAGUUCCUCAUGGUCGUAAUUGUCGUAGUUUCGCUCGUGGCGAACUGUCUUGUGUUGCUAUGCUUCACCUGCAGCGCGGAGGUCCGUGCACAAGUGCCGGGGGUCUUCAUCAUAAACCUUUCUUUCUGCAACAUCCUCAUCGCCGUCCUCAACAUGCCCUCCACUUUCCUCGGGGUCGUAAAGCGUCAAAAACCUUUCGGCGACUGCUUUUGUUAUACGGUGAGCUUUAUGGAUACUUUUCUGACCACGAACACAAUGCUGAGCAUGGCAGCUCUCAGUAUAGACCGUUGGAUAGCGGUGGUCUUUCCUUUAACUUACUCCAGCAAACUGAGACAUAAAGAUGCCAUACUUAUGGUGAGCUAUGCUUGGCUGCACUCUCUCGCUUUCUCGCUCACUGCUCUUCUGCUGUCGUGGGUCGACUAUAACCCCGUUUACGCUUCAUGCAUCGUGCACCUUGCAGAGGAAGGUGUCCGAGGUCCGUUCAUGGUGUUCACUUUGGUGUUUCACUCAGCCACCUUUGCACUGUCGCUUUUCAUCCUGUGCUUCACUUAUCUGAAAGUGCUACUAGUUGCGCGCUUCCAUUGCAGGAGGAUAGACGUUAUAACGGUGCAGACGCUCUUGCUACUUGUCGACAUUCACCCAAGUGUGAAACAACGGUGUUUACACGAGCAGAAGAAAAGGAGACGGAGAGCCACCAAGAAAAUCUGCAUAUUUAUCGGGUCAUUCGUCCUAUGCUUCGCCCCCUAUGUCAUUACACGACUGACUGAGCUUGUUUUCACCGUAAAGAUCAACCAUUACUGGGGAAUCACGAGCAAGUGCCUGAUGUACAGCAAAGCUGCCUCUGACCCUUUUGUCUACUCCCUGUUACGGCAACAGUAUAAGAAGGCUCUCAUUGGUGUGUGUAAUAGAAUUUUGGGACGGAACUCAUACACGCUGUCUGGUCAGAGCUGCCCAUCAGACAGUGAAUUGUACACCUGGAGGGUAAAGGAUGAAUGCUGUGGUUAAAGGCAACUGACAUUUUGGGAAAUAUGCACUCGGUUAAACUUAAUGGCUAAAAGCCAGAUUAAAUUGCCCAAGAGGUGGAAUAGUGUUGAAAUGAAAAUGAGGUAAUAAUGUAUAAUAUUAUUAUAUCUUUUUGAGGCCACAGGCCUAUGAAAGAUAAUUAAUUCACCCAACAUGAAUAAUUCCAGCACAUUUCUGCACAUACCACUAUUACAACCGUAGUAGUGUUUUUAAAAUAAAUACAAUAUGGGAACAUUUAUAGGUGCAUUAGUGAUUGCAGUCGUUGGGUAUAAAUCAUAUAGAAUUUUUUUCGACUUAAAUGCGUUAAAGGGGUCCAAAUACUCCUAAAUCCAAACACGGUUUUCAUUAUUGUUGAAUGGGGUCCUUCCCACUUGAUGUCUUUGUACAGUUGUACAAAGUCUCUAUUGUGGUUUCUACAAUGUUUUUGUUGUCACAGCCGGCUUAAAAGACAAUCAUUGAUUUCAUUGAAAUCAUUGAACAAUGAUUUUAUUCAUAACAUGGAUUUUUGCACACUCAUCUGUUGUAAAUGCUUCACUGUGAUACUAUAAUGUAAGUCAGUGAUAAAUGAAAAGUAUUUAGUAAGCUAGUAAAGUGAAGUGUGGGAUGUUUAAAUAUUUGUAUAAAAUGUCAUGGUCCAGAUGCAUUACACAACCUGCUCCUUUAAGUCCUGUACAACACAUUCAGGACUACGAAAAUUUACCAUGGUUUUACUACAGUUUAAACCAAAAAAACAUGGUUACUGUAGUAAAACAAGGGUUAUCACAAAAUAACCAUGGUUUUGAAAACCACGUUUUUUGUUAAAACCAUAGUAAACGAUGGUUACUGUAGUAAUACCAUGGUUUUGCCCUAAAUAAUCAAUGCACCAAGGGAGUAAAAAGUGAUUCAGAUGGUCAGACUUCUUGUGUCAUUUAUAACACUCAACUGUGUUCGAAUUUUCAAAAAUUAAUAUUUCAUCUGUUAGCAUACAAGUUCCUUGUAGGUUUUGCUUCGUUUUUAAAUGCGUAGCUUUUUAGCCUGCAAGUGUACACAUGCGUAAAGUGAAGUUUACAGUACCUUUACGCAUGUUAAGUUCAUGAAAAUGACAAGGCGAAAUCAAAUAAGUACAUGAAUUAAGUUCUCGAAAAGUCUAUGCUACAAAAGAGUAAAUGACAGUCUUUCUGAAAUGACUGUAAUUACAAUGCGACAAAGCAGAAGAGCGGCCGCCUACUGCGCGAGAGUUUCUGCUGUAAUUUGAUCAUUUGGCUGGUGCUCAGGGUAAGUUAGGCUCUCCCCUAAGCGAUGGGGGUUGCUUGACUUUCGGAAAAUGCUUUGUACGUCGUAUAGCGA